AUGGCAAGCUCCGUCGACCCUGGCAGCCAUGCUGGGGAGGGGGCAAAACAGGAAGAUGCGAGAGUUGGACCGGUCAUUUCGCCCCGGAUGUCACUCGAGCGACCCAGCGUGGCUUUGAAUGCAGCUCUGCCGAGUAGGGAGCACAGCAGGUUGGGGGUUACGCCAGAUGCUUCGCCGAAGCAGGAGCAAGGCGCUACACCUACGUCUGCUGUUUCCGUGCAGCCUUCUGCCAUCGUGUCCGGGUCCCAGCCUGUCGCCUCGCCUCAGGCCUCUACGGUCCGCAAGGAGGUGGCCGAGGCCACUAUCUUGGACCGGAAGGUCGAGCAUCUCAAUGCGCCGCCUCAGAUCAUCCAGCAACGUGGGGAAACCUUGGUGGAGGAGGAACUCAAGCAGGAGUUCAUGGACAUCCCCAUCAUCACAGAGGAGAUUCAGUACAUUGACAUCCCCGACAUUCACCAUGUGGAGAAAAUCGAGGAGGUUUCCAAGGUCGUCCCGGUUCCUUACGAACAGCUCGUUGAGGAGAUCGUUAAGGUCCCCAGGAUCCUGAAGGAGGAGCGCGUGCAGCAGCGACAGGUUGAGGUCACCGUGGAUGUUCCGGUGCCGCAGGUCGUCGAAGAGGUCGUGCAGGUGCCCAAAGUGGUCCAACAGAAGCGACAACAGCUCUCUGAGGAUCUUUUUCGAUCAUCUUCUGCGGCCUGCGAGGUGGUCGAGUUCGUCGAUAUCCCAGUCCCGGAGCACUUCGACCAGAUCGUGGAGGAGGGGGCUUACUCGGUGUUACAGGUGUUGCCGCUCAUGAUCUCGACUUUUUGCAAAGUCCAUUUUGAGUUUUGUCGCUUGCAGGUGAAAAAGCCGGUGAAGCAGGAACGCGUCGUGACGCGCAACGUGGAGCAGAGGCUAGAGAUUGUGGUCCCUACGGUCCAGGAGGAAUCCCUGUACCCGCAUAACUCAAACCUCCUGUCCAACAGCGUCAGCUUUCCACAUGUCGAUUGCAAUGACCUGGUGAAAGUGGUGGUGACAGCAGUGCUGUGCAGUGUCUGCUCAAGCCCCAGGUUGGUGGACGUUCCGGUGAUGCAGGUCAAAGAGGAGGCCUUGGAUGGGAGCUCCAAGCUAUCUCGAAAGCUCUCGGAGGUGCCGGUGAAUGUGGUGGAGGAGGAAACCGUGAUGGUUCCGAAGGUCAUCACGAAAACACGCCGGAAGGAAGUCAUGGUGGAGCAGGAAGUGGAUGUGCCAGUGCCUCGCAUCAGCGAAGAGGUGGUGCCCCUCCCAGUGAUGCUGCAGCAGGAGCGGAUCAUCCACCGGCCCAUCCAGCGCCUCAUCGAUGUACCGGUGCCGCAGAUCAUUGAAGAGGUGAAUCGGCCACACAUUGUCGAGACAAUCGUCGAGGUGCCGAAGGUGCCCAUGAUCCAGCGGAAUUGGGUUGACCGGGUGGUGGAGACCGAGCGGCCCAAGACCAUCCAAAAGCUGGUGAAGCGGAGGCCUGUAAAGAAGGUGAUGCAGACCCAGGUGGAGGUGCCAAUCGUCGAGUUUGAAGACCGUGUGGUCGAAGUUCCGGUUCAGAAGGAGAACUAUGUGCCGUUCAUGCAAAAAGUUGAGAGGACCGUGGAAGUGCCGCAGAUCGAAUAUGUGGACGAGCCUGUGGAGCUUCCUGUGCAAAGACAUCGCCAUGUGCCAGUGCCCCUUCCCGUGGAGCGAAGCGUCGAGGUUCCCGACAUUGAGUACGUGGAUCGCUUCGUGGAUGUUCCAAUCCAGAAUCCGGUCUUCAUCCCGGAGGUGCAGAAGGUACAGAAGACGAUUGAGGUGCCGAAGAUCGAAUAUGACGACAAGCCCGUCCACGUCCCCGUGCAGCGCGUGCGGCAGGUGCCGAUGAUUCAGGAAGUGAAGAAGACCGUUGAGGUUCCAGAAAUCGUGUACCAGGAUGUGGAUAUAAAGUUGCAGUUCCAAGGCUCCUGGAAGUUCAUGAUGCUCGCAGCCGGCUUGUACGAGCCCUUGCGUUAUGCAUGUUGGAGGUUGGGCGAGAAUGUUGGAGGCCAUGCUGGCAGUUAUUGCUUCAAGCCUGGUGUGUGGGCUGGUCUGACUGGCUUUGCCAUUGUAGUGCUGCUGGUAUGGAUCUCCCCGCUUCUGCUGGGGGCUCUCCGCAUGUCAGUGUCUUUUUCAAAGGGUGAGACUCCAAUUGAAGAAGAAGAAGGCCGCAGUGGUGAUAAUCAUCGGAUGGCAUCAGCGCAGGUGGGCCUUCUUGCUACCAUUUGGUCAGGAUUGUCGGUCCUCUGGUUUGCCAUGCCGUUGACUUACAUGCUGGCGGACACAUUCUACCAAUCGAGUUUUUCUGGUGUUCUCCUGGCGGUUGCUUUGGCAGCGGCGUUUCCUCUCAGCUGGCACCUGUCCUUGUUGGCUGUACCUGUCAGCCAAGCUGUCGGUCCCUUCAUGGGUUUGGGAAGGCAAGCUACAAUUGAUCUCCACAAGGCCUUGGGCUGGAGAACUGCCGGCUGGGCUGCGAUUCAUGCCUGUGGAGAGCUUAUCUACGUCUUUAAGACAAGCGGCCUUCAGAUGCUUUUCCAACUUUCAGGAGAGAACGGAGAUCAUCUGUUCUACUUGCUGGGGCUAACCGCAGCACUGAUGCUGCUCGUGCACACAGUGGUGGCCUUUUACCGCAAACACCCAUCCAUCUCCAAGUACUUUAAGGCUUCCCAUCGCACCACCGCCAGCUUGGUGUUGCUGGCUGCCACAGCCCAUUGGGCACCUUUUGCGCUCUUCCUGCUCCCAUCGGCAGCUGCAUAUGGGGCUACAGCUGCCACUGUCAUGGCCUCACGCUUCGGCCGCAAGGCCUCGACGCCCAGGGCAAGUUUGGCGCUCGUGGCCGCAAUCCUCGGAGCCGUGGCAGGCCUGCUAGUGGUUUGGAAGACUCGGGAGACAGUCAUGAUGUCCAGGGAUGUCGGCCUUCUUCUUCCUUUCAUCUUUCCACCGCUGGCGCUGCUAGCGGAGGGUGCAGCUGCGAUGCUGGUGUGCCUUCCAGUGCUGCUAACGGCUCCUGCCAUGCCCACCGGUGCCGAAGGGCAUCUAACGUCAGGCUUUUGGCUCCGGUGUCUGCGCAAGCUGGGGAAGCUUGACGUAAUGUUGCAGCAGGACAAAGUGGUUGAAAUCCCCGUGGCGCAGACCGUUCAGGUUCCCAAGGUGAUCAAGACUCAAAAGCACGUCGAGGUCGAGCAGAUCGUCUACGAGGACGUGGAGGUGAAGGUUCCGGUGCAAAAGCUUCGGCCUGUCCCGGUGCAGUCGAAGCAGACGCGACGCAUCGAGGUGCCGUGCAUCCAGUUUGUCGACCGGAUCGUGGACAUCCAGAUCCCCGUGACGCGCAAUGUCCCGCAGGUGCAGAAAGUAGAGAAGAAGGUGGAAGUGCCACAAGUGAAGGUGGUCAGGAAGGAGGUGGAGGUGCCGGUCAUCAAGCACGUCGAUGCCGAGGAGGUCAUCCAUGUCGAGAAGAAGGUGGAGGUACCUCAGAUUCAGGUGGUUGAGAAGGUGGUGGAGGUUCCGCAGAUGGAAUCCGUGGAAGGGCGCGAUCUCCUCGAGUACAUCCGCCUGCCCCCGGAGCGCCGCCAGGCUGAGCGGGAGUUCGAAGUCGUAGAGGAGGUUGGGGAGGAGCUGCCUCUUGAGAUCGCAGAGCCAAUGGUGGAGCAGCGUGGCGAGUGGCUGCACGUGGAGCAAAAGGUGGCUGGGAUGCGCCCUGCCGCCAUGUCGCCGGAGGCCGCCAGCGCCUUCCUCCCGCAGACAGCGCCUGACUUCCCGACACCCACUUCCAUGGCCUCUGGGCCCUUCGGCGCGCUUCCUGCCACUGCUUCCGGGAUCAUACAGGCCUCGCCCAGCGCCUGCGGUGCCUCGCCUGCGGGCGCACUGGCCAGCAGCUGCCUCGGGGCAGCGCCGGGGGAGGCAGACAUUUCCCAGGUGAGAGCCUUUGGCAACCCACCUCCCUAUGCCAUGGCUUCUGGCCUCGAUUUCACCCAGGUCGGGGCCCCUGGAACACCCAGCUCCAAUGCCCUGGCCGGUGGCCUCGAGGCGACCCAGGCGGCUUCAAAUCCUUUCGGCACGCCUGCGGCCCUUGCAAGCGGGCGCUGCGCCUCCGGCAUCUCCGACAUUUCUCAGGUAAGGCCGUUUGGGAUGCCUUCGCCUGGCGAACAGAAUGCUGCCGUCCCAAGCGGACUCCUGGGGGCCUCCGGUGUGUCGGACAUUUCCCAGGUGCGGCCUUUUGGGGGGCCAAUGGGCGUUGAAGCAAAUGCUCCCGGAGCCUUUCCCAGUGGUUGUGUCGGGGCCUCCGCGGUGUCUGACAUCUCUCAGGUCCGGCCUUUUGGGGUUCCCACUGCCGGCGUGGGCUGCUGUGGUGGGCAGUCCAACAAGGUCAUAGACGCAUCGCUCCCGCCGACGCUCCCGCCGUCGCCGGCCAGCUCGAUGCAGUUCGGCUCGCAGUGGCCGACGGAGCAGGUUCUGCCGGCGCCCCUCGACCCGUUCAGGACAGCAGGGCCUCCAGCUGCCGGUGGCCGCGGAACUCCUGUGGCCUCCCGACAGCUCUCGCCCAGCCAGGCCUCCAUACCACCCUCGCCGAUGGGCACCACCCAGGUCGGCCCUCCCACUGCAGCUCUCCCUGGUGGUCCUCCACUGCUACCUGGAGGCUCGGUGAGGGCUCCUGGCACAGGUGAGUUCGGAUCGCCCGGCCUGCUGCCCGGUCCUCCAGAGGAGACUCAGCAGCAAGGCUGGUUCUCUUGGCUUUUCGGGGGCCGGAGCGCCGACGCCGAGGCACAGGCAGCGCCAAUGAUGGGCUCCCAGUUUGUGGUGCCGCGUGGCUCCAUGGGGGCGCCAUCCCCCGUCGGCGAGAAUUCUCCUUUCCCGAUGCCCAUGGCGCCUAUGGGUGAAGCACAGCCCAUGCCCAUGCAGAGGCCGGCUCGUUCUCUGAUCAGGAGUGGGAUAACUGGUAGGGGUAGCAGGGGAUAG